GUGGUUUCUCCGGGUUGUGCUUCUAGCUUUCGGCCAUAUUUAUGUCCACCUACCAAUGUGAAUAACCGGGAAUUUUACUAUUUUCACCCAUAUUUAUUAGUUUUUAAAGAAUCAACUUGAAGAAAGGCAUCAUGGCUGCAGGUCCAUAUAAUUAUUCCUACAUUUUCAAGUAUAUCAUAAUAGGAGAUAUGGGGGUUGGGAAAUCAUGUCUAUUGCAUCAAUUUACGGAAAAAAAGUUUAUGGCAGACUGUCCUCACACUAUUGGGGUAGAAUUUGGCACCCGAAUUAUUGAGGUGUGUGGACAGAAGAUCAAACUUCAGAUCUGGGAUACUGCUGGGCAGGAAAGGUUUCGAGCCGUGACUAGAAGCUAUUACAGAGGUGCAGCAGGGGCCCUAAUGGUUUAUGACAUCACCAGAAGGAGUACAUAUAACCAUUUGAGCAGCUGGCUAACAGAUGCACGAAACUUAACAAAUCCAAAUACAGUUAUAUUCCUUAUCGGAAACAAAAGUGAUUUGGACGGCCAGAGAGACGUAACAUAUGAAGAAGCCAGGCAGUUUGCUGAAGAAAAUGGCCUAAUGUUUGUUGAAGCUAGUGCAAAGACUGGGGAGAAUGUCGAAGAAGCAUUCCUUGAAACAGCUAAGAAGAUUUAUCAAAACAUCCAAGAUGGAAGUCUUGACCUCAAUGCAGCAGAAUCUGGUGUACAACAUAAGCCAUCAGCUCCUAGAACUCUUAACAACGACCAACAACCCACCAAAGAAAGCUGUGCAUGUUAGUUACUAUCUUUUGAAUCCAAGUUCAGACAAGAUUUUAUAAAGACUGACUCUGGUGAAAAGCUUAAGUCAAACUAAUCCAACUUGGAACGUCAUUUUCCUUAUUUGCUUCCUGAUUUCUGUGGACCUGCCAUCAGAUUUCUCCUAGGGAAAAGAAAGUAUUCUGAUCUUUGAACAAACUCGAUAAUACAAGAAUUCCUCUAAUGUUAGUUUGUGUACUUGACAUUUAACAGAAUGAAAAGAUUUAUGGUCAAUGAGGUGUUUGUGUGUAAUUGAUAUUAUUGGUACUGUAUAAUAUUAGUAACACUUGCUGUGAUGAUCAGUCUUUGUAAGGGAAAAAAAAACAUAUUUAUCUUUGUUUAAUUUGUUCUAUUAUUGUGGUUCUGUAUAUAACACUCGACUAGCUCUCCUCUUUCUCAUUUUAUGUACACAAAGAAAAUUAUUUAAAUGUUUAGUGGCUUCACCAUAAGCUGUACUAAUGUUAAAUAAUUUUUUCUUUAACAUGUAUGUUAUACUUCAUUAUUGAUUGUUUAUUUAGAGGGAAAAUUUUAUUUGUUCAGCUUCUUAAAAAUAAAUUUGACAAAUUAUUAAGAGAAAUACACAUGAGUAAAGUUUGCUAACAACUGGAACUGGACAGUUAAAACUAAGUAAAUAGAUUUCAAAAAUGUUAUCAUGAUGUUUGAAGCGUGAUAUAGCAUUUAUGUAUAAACUUUUAAGAGAUGCUAAAAUACAAGGAAUUUAUGCCAUCAGUGUGUAAUUUUCCAUAAAAGAUUACCUCACUAUAAGACAAACAGUUAUUUUUUUUUGUAAUUCUCUUAUUAGUUGAUUGUAGCUCUGUGGAUAAUCACGUCUGUGCUAAAUCUUUAAUCAAUGUGUAGUUUAAUUUCUACAUCAAAUUAUGGUCAGUAAUCAUUUUUAAAAUGCAAUGUUUAAAGUGAACCACUUCUAGAAUUUUUUUUUUAAAAAGCAUCGAAAUGAAACUGGUAAUAUAUCUUUGUUACAAUUAUUUAUUCACAACUUUAACUCACUCUGUCCACCUGUGGAAUUUUUACAAAGUUGAAGAAUCCCCAUAUCGUGUCAUAAAGUUAAUUUAUGAAGCUUAUCCCACUGAUACAGUACAGAACUAUCUGCCCUGCUGUUUCAGUUAUUAAUUUGUGACAUCUGAAACUUGUUUGUCAUUUCCAAAAGUAUUUUAGCUUUAAACUAUAAGAAUAAUAAAAUAUUUAGGUUGGUGUCUCUAAUUGACAUAUGUUCUGUUAAAGCUUUAAACAAUGUUUGAAAGAACUGGAGAGAUUGAAGGGGAUUUCAUGAAACAAAGUGAGUUUUUUGCACUAAUAAACAGUUGUCGUUCAUUGAAUUAAGGGCAAAAGUAUUUUAAUUGUUUAACAUUUUUUUAUCUGUCCAGUUCUGUAAAUUAUUAAUAAUUACAUUCUGUCAUCUUUCACACACAAAAGAAGGUAACUGUGGUUAUAUCUCAUCGUUCUGUGUAACUGAUCCUAGGAUUAUGUAGUAGUUGUGCUCAUUAUGCUGAGGGAAGUUAAAUUAUACAUAUCAUCCCACAACCUAAUGGUUGUAAACAAGAUUGUUAAUUUACCCUGAAAAAAAAAAGUCUUGUUUGUAAGUACUAUAUUGAAUUUUAGUAACAAAAGAAUAAUUCAUGAACAGUAGUGGCACUACAGAAACCAGCUAGAGCUACGAGUUUUAACACCUACUGAUUUCUGGAGUUAUUUUAUCUACCUUCUUUUAAACUUCAAAGUUUUUCGCCCUCAAAUUUAAUGUGCAACAUUCUCCUAUAGCUUCAUUUAUGAUAGGAGUUGCUGAUUCUUGUCUGUGAACUAUUUCUGCUGUCCUGCUCUUUAAUUCUGUCUGUCAUCUCUCUGUUGUCUUGCACUUGAGUGCCAUUUGUCACCUUUUUUUGCUGUAACCUCACACAAACAUUCCCAGGAUAGGCAAGAAGAAAGAACAGAUAUUUGUUGAAGACUACCAUUAAUAUGUAUUCACUAAGAUUCUUUAAAUCAUAAUGUGCAGCCUGUUAUACAUUUUUAUGUGGUACAUAAAAGAAUAUUCACUGACGUAAAGUGAAAAACCUUUGUGCUUAGUGUAAUAAAAAUAGUUGUAGGUUUGUGUAUGAAUUUCUUUUGCACGUUGUGAUAUGUAUUAUAGAAAAAUAGAUUUAUUACAUAUUAAUAGGCAUGCCUAUAUUGAUUUUUAAGUUAAUUUGAUUUGCUUACAUAUCUUUAAAUACAGUAGUAAUUAUCUUUCAGUCAUGAUGUUAGGAAAACCUAUAACCUGAGCACCUUUCUUCAUCGGGGACACUUUGGAAUGUCUGCUCUUCUUGACGAAUGGUCUACCUUUCAAAAGUUCUUGGUUUUGUAGUUUUAUCUUUCAGGAUAUUUUAAAUCUUUUAUUCAGUACCAUGCAUCAACUAAACUUUAUAACUAGGCAAACUUAACGUUGUUGUUUAGAAGUACUUUAUACCUUUCUUGAUGCCAAAGAUUCAACCAGCUGUUUGUAUAUCUGGUUGAUGAAGUCUUCAUUAGCUAAAAAAUUAAUUUAAUUUCUAGUAAUUAACUUGAUGGACUAGUGGUAGUUACAAUAUUGUAUCAAAACUUGGUUGUUAAUUAAAUAUUAUUCCUCUUUUUCUUUCUUUUUAUAGUCUUUAUGCAGUUCUUCUCUAAGAGAUUAACUUCCAGUUAAUAUCUAACUUUUUAAGAACUUCAUCCUGUAUAAAUAAAUGAAUCAACACUUUUCCAUCAUUAUUGUUCUCACUAGGCUUGAAAUGUAUAUUUAACCAUUAGAAUUUAUUUUUCAUUUUACAAAGUUUUUGGAAAAUAUUGAAAGUAACUGAUUUUAGAUUUACAGGGAUUUUACAUUUAGAAAAAAAGUUUGAAACUUCAAAAAAUUUCUAUUGGUAUGAAAGAGCUAAGGGUAAAAAGUGAUUGUAUAAAGGGAUAAUAUGAAUACCUUGGGUUAUCUGUGGUGAUAUACAGUGAAGUCUGUAUGUAAUAUCUUGAGUUUUGAAUGGAAAAUGAAAAUUCAGUUAGUGUAAUUAUGAAGUCAUUAUUUUGAUGUAACUAGAAUAAAACAAAUGACUUAGAAGGAAACGUUGUAUUGGUUUCAUACCUGAUAAUACAUUAAAACAAUAAUAAUUAAUGCCAUCACUUGAAGAGCUUACAACACAGGGCUUUACUAGCUAUUUUUUGUCAUAACUCGCGUAGCCUCGCAAGUUCUACUACUACACGGAAAUUAAAGUUAAUUUCAUGGGUUUGGACUGAAAUUUGUAGAAAUAUCUGAACUUCAAGCUUAUUUCAAGACACUUCUUAUUCAGAAAAAAAACUUUCUGACUAGUUUAAACAGAAUACUUAUAUUCAGCAAGUAAUUUUAUAUUAAUCACUUUUAUACUUCACAAGAGAAGAUAAAGCAGGAAAACUAUUUUCUGAUUGAUUGAAAUUGUGUAACUGAUGUAAUCCAGUUUUAACAAUAUGAUUGAAACAGUGAAUGUGUUGCAGUGCAGUUUUCAUAUGUAUAGGAAGUGUAUAUUUUCUGUACUCACAUGCACAAAUAACUUGAUGGAUUAAGCAGUCUGAUUAAUGUGUUUUGUGGUUCCGUAGGUUUACCUCCCUAUAGAAAGAUGAAAUGUCUUCUUAGCAGUCAUAUUUUUAAGUGUAUGUACAUAAAGCAUAUUAAAAUGGUUUAAUAGUAAAAUCAUUUGUAGCAAUUAUUGUUAAGCUUGUAUAACAUAAUUUUAGGGCAGAUUUCAUUAUUAUGCCCUUUGAUAUACUAGUUUAUGUUUUAGCCUAAAAGUCCUUUGAGUAUUUACGCCCAGAAAAAAGGUUACAUACAACAGUAAUCUUUGUAAGGUUGAAUAUUUUAGUUCUGUGCGAUCGUUAUUUUGCACAAGUAGUCUCUAACUUUAGCCUUAUUUAUGUAUAAAAUUCAUCAGUAUUCAUGCUGUCAAUGGGAAAUGACUGUUAUUCAGAGCCUACUAGAUGGCUGUUUACUUCAUUCUUUCUGUCCUACUGUAGGUAGUACACAAGAGAUGUAAUAAAAGAUAAGGUUAUAUUCAUCACUUAAAUAGACACGAGGUUUUGAAUCUUCAAGACAGCAGCCAUUGUCAUUGUCUAUAUAGAUUCUGAUAGUGAUGUUGACGAACUAUGAUAAAUUUUGCUGUACGAUGAGAGUUGUUGCAUGAAGACAUUAAUAAUAAUAAUACUUUGGUUUGAUUGUGACUUCAGAAAAUUAUAAUUGUUUUUGAAAAAAAAAAGAAACUGUCUAUCAGGUGAAGGGUUGAAAAUUAUUCAAUAGAGAUGUACAUGGAA